AUGAGACAAAUCUCACAUUUUCAUCCUUCAAUAUAUAGCAAAUUACAGGAAUUCAAGUUUGUGUUGGCUUCAUCUUCUCCCAGAAGGUUAUCUAUAGUCAAAGACAAUUUGGGUCUACAUAAUGUUUUAGUCAUCCCUUCGAAUUUUGAAGAGAAUUUACUGAAAUCAGAGAAUACAGUGCAAGAGUACGUACGAAAAACGUCGUUAAUGAAAGCAGAAUUUGUUUCAAGAGACUUAAGGGAACAAAAUCGAAAUGAAAAAUACAUUGUUUUGUCCGCAGAUACUAUAAUUGCUUGUAACAAUAAGAUAUUUGAAAAACCACUCAAUAAAGCCAAGCAACGGGAAGCCUUCAAUCAAUACAAGGAGCAUCCAAAGAUCCAAGUUAUCACUUCAAUAGUGCUCACAAAGAUUGAUGAAGGACGUAUAACUGUUAAACAAGACUUUGAAAUUACAAACCUUGUAUUUGAUAGCGAUCUUUCUCAGGAUGUAAUCGAUGCUUACAUUGAUUGUGAAGAAGGCUUGAAUGUAGCAGGGGGAUUUAAAUUUCAAAAUAUCGGUAGCUUGUUAUUCAAGUCCAUAGAAGGCGAUUACUUUAAUGUAGUUGGACUACCUGUACGCCGUACCUUCCAUAUGCUUGAAUCUUUGUUAAAGUAA